AUGAUCCUGCCCGUGAUUGUCAACGACGGCCAAUCGCCCCCUCGAGCCGAUGCCCUUACCACCCGACUCGCGGCCCUAUCAGAGCUGGUCAUCCAGCUACCUAGUGGAGGAGGGGCAGGGAUGGUGGCUGGCUUCAAGGCCUUCCUGGGCGAGUUCGCCUGCCGCGUGGGGCCGUUCGACGUGCUCGCAGGAGACAGGGACGCGAAUACCGACGCCGUCGUGGCCUGGCUAGACUCGGGAGCACGCCGCGUGAUCGUCGCCCUCGAUGUGUCAGACCCGGGCGCCGUGCAAGGCCUCGCUGAUUGGUCAACGCAGCUCCCGGCGUCGCGGCACCGGCUCGUGGCCUCUUUCCGCGCGCGGGACCUCCGGAUGGAUGCCGGGGGGGGGGGGCUAGGGGAGGCCCUCCGGACGGUAAUGGACGGCCUGAGGCCGGUCGUCAGCUGCGUCCAGGUGGACUUCGAGGGUGCCUAUGCCGCCGCUCCUCAGGUCCUGAAGGAGCUCGGCGGCGUCCGGGGGAAGGAGGGGGCCCCGGGAUACAUGGAGGUGGUAUUUACGCGCAGCCCGGCGCCCGCCCCCGCCACCACCACCACCACCGACGACGACAAAAACAACAGCAGCGGCAACACCGGGUGGUCGCCAGAAGGGAUCGGGAAGCUCCACCACGAGUACGGCGUGGACGUGCAGUGCCCCGCUACGCUGUCACUGGAGGGCGAGGGCGGCGGGGGGGGAGGGGGCGGGGAAGGGGCGGGGGCGGGGGCGGGAGCCGGGGUGGAUGCGGUGAGCGCGUUCCUGACGUGUCUUCGAACGGACCGGCCCGACGGGCUGAUGACGACCGUCGUCUGCGACACCAUGGGGAUCGCGCUCGGGCUGGUGUACUCGAACUCCACUAGCAUUCGCGCCUCCAUCGAGAGCGGGCGAGGCGUAUACUGGUCUCGAUCUAGGGGUGGGCUCUGGCGCAAGGGCGACACAAGCGGGGCGUGGCAGGAGCUGCGAGGCAUUACGGUGGACUGCGAUAGCGACGCGAUCAAGUUCACGGUGUGGCAGCAUGGUAGCCCACCCGCCUUCUGCCAUUUCAACAGGCGUAAUUGCUGGGAAGAAGAACGGGGCCUGGGACACCUUGAAAGAAUGCUCGUCAAGCGAAAAGCGCAAGAGCUGGCCGAGGCGGAAACGAAGCAGCACGUGGCGGAGGAAGCUGCGGACGUUACGUACUUCAUGAUGGUGCGGUGCGCAGCGGCUGGCGUUAGCUGGGAGGACGUGGAGAAGGAGCUCGACAAGCGCUCUCUCAAGCUUAAGCGCCGCCCAGGAAACGCGAAAGCAGAGCGCAUCGCGGAGGGGGACAAGAUCCUUGGUGCGGGCCGCAAAACUCAAGUGGCGAGCCUAGUCUGACGUUGUCGGGGAACGUUGGUUGAUUCUCCUUUCUUAUUGGUUCGGGAUACCUCUCUUAUUGGUUCGGUUCGAGAUGUCCUUCUUGUUGGUUCGGUUCCGGAUGUCCUUCUUAUUGGUUCGGGAAUAACCAGGGGGUUGCUGCCCUUGGAAUAGGAACAGGAUGCAUCGGGAUCCGCUCUUCUGCGGGUGGGUGUCCAUCCGCGUGGUUUGUGUGUCACCGCGGGCAGAGCUUGGUUCCUCCGCACGGAGGCGUACACACGCCUACCACGGCAGAGAUACUUUUUAAUUCGCCGUUUGACGGUGCCCAAGGACGGACAGAUGUACCACCAAGCAAGGCCAUCGUGCGAUCAGCGAGGAGAAAUGGCAGAGAGACGGUCGCCUUGAGGAGGGUGUUUGUCUGGGAGGAGAAUACGCAGGAGGAAUGAUCACUUCUUCAGCGUAGGCCAAGCCGCUUUCUUGU